GAAAGAUUUUAUUAUUGAGAUAUAAAACCCAUGAAAUGUUUUGUGCCUCUAUAACUAACUAACCCCAGUAAAAGAAGAAUUUAAUAACCCGAAACACAGUCAUGUUUCCUCUAAGAUGGCAUUCAUUUCUCCUGAGACUUUUUAAAUGUUUGUCUUAACAGUUUCUUUUUAAUAUCAAUGAGUGCAUCACAGGCAAGGUUAAAAACAGACUCUUAUGUUUGUGUGUUGUUUUAAAUGUUUGCAUUAUAAUAAUUAUAAGAAUAUUUAUUUUGCUAUUUUUUUCUGUAGAUCAUUGGAAUUACAGGAAUGUAGUUUCUCUGCUUGCAGAUUUAUUUUUUUGUUUUCUUUAUUCCACAGGGCUGCACAACAUACCAGCUGUAGGCCGCCAUCUGGAGUUUCUCCUGUUGGGAGCCUUUAAUGCCCAGUCUGAUCCUGAAGCUCUGGACCAGGACGGUUUGGUAGAAGACGAUGAUGGAACCAUUAAAGGAAAACAUUUCCUUGCACAACUACUUCAUCUUCAGUGGCUUCAGUGAGCUUGGAGCUCUGAAAUCCUUCAUUUCUAUCCCCUUCCUGAUUCUGUUCUUUGUGUCUCUGUUUGCCAACUCCCUGCUGAUCUAUGUGGUCGUUUCACAGAGGAGCCUCCACUCCCCGAUGUACAUCCUCAUCGCCUGCAUGUCAUUUGUUGAUAUGUGCCUGCCACUGAUUCUCAUCCCCAACCUGUUGCUGAACGUCUUGUUCAACGCCAGCGGGAUCUCUCUCAGCGGCUGCCUGGUUCAGAUGUUUUUGAUUCACAUGUUAGGAGCUUGUCAGUCGGCUCUUCUGGUCUGGAUGGCGUUGGAUCGAUACUUUGCCAUCUGCAGGCCCCUUUCCUACCAUGAUCACAUGUCUUUACCCAGAUUCCUCAGGUUUAUCAUCCCAGUUAUGAUCAAGGAUGUGAUCAUGGUGUCACUGGUCACAGUUCUAGCAGGUAAAGUGUUGUACUGCUUCAGGAAUGUGAUAAACCACUGCUUCUGUGAACACAUGGCCUUGGUGGAGUUGGGCUGUGGCAGCACAGCCAUCAACAGUCUGGUUGGGUUAUUAGGAGUCUUUGUGGUCCCUAUUGUUGACUUCUUUUGCGUCACUGCUUCAUAUAUAAUCAUAUUUCACUCUGUGCUGCGUUCAGGUAAAUCCACUGCUAAAGCUCUGCACACCUGCAUCACUCACAUCAUCGUCAUUGUCAUCAGUUUGACCUUCUUACUCACGGCUUACUUGGCUUAUCGGAUGAACAGUCUCCCAAACGCUGGUCGUCUCUUCGUCAGUACCAUGUACAUGUUCCUUCCCAGCUGUAUAAACCCGAUCAUCUACGGAGUCAGAACCACUGAGAUUCGACAAAAUGUCUUAAAACUACUGUCUUCUUGUCGAUAGGUAAAAACUGUGAAUUA